UUAGUUCAUUUUUUUGCUGGCUUAUUUUGUGUUAAAAAGCCGCCACACCGGUGGAAUAAGGUUUGAAUAUUGUUUUCGUCGGUACUUGGGUCUGUACUUAACAGCGGCGGGGCGCUACGCAGUAAACGCUGAGCUUAGGAUUUGUCACCUGUCUGCAGCAGCUGACUUCUUACUCGAAGUGAGUGGUGUCAUUAGUGCCGUUUCCAGAGAACAGGCGGUUGCUAACAAAGUAGUUAGCAACCCGGUCCGUUAGCCUGUCAGCUAGCCAGCUCGAAUCCCUACCGCCACAUCAAGUCCCACCCUCACCAAGUGCGUGGACGUCGUAAGAGGCUGCAGCGGUGGAGUCGAGUGCUCUCUCCUCUCGAACUGCUGUGCAUUUGGCUGGCUAGCUAGCUAAUAUAGCCAUCUAAACGUCAGCUAGGCGACGUCCACUUGAAAUUGCUGGCUUUACCGUGGGGCGAGUGUCUUCUGUGGAGGGAUACGUUCGCUACACUGGCAAAGAGACUGGCUAAAAAGAAGAGACGAAAUAAGAGAAAACAAGGAAGACACCAAGAAGGAGGGGACUGGCUAGUUUAGCCGGGGAGACAGAAUCUCGCUAACUCGGGCUAUGCCAGUGCAUUCCAGUUGCCCCGCAGAGCUGUCAUUAUCCACUUUACAUUCACAGGCCCCACGUUGCUCGUCCUCAAAGACCGCUGUUCCUUGAGCUAGAUAGCAAACGCCACACACAGCCAUGAGUAUUGAGAUACCGGUGGGGUUGACAGAACUGCUGCAGGGCUACACUGUGGAAGUGCUGCGACAAAGGCCGUCAGACCUGGUGGAUUUUGCUGUACAGUACUUCAGCCGUUUGCGGGACACCAGAAGCCAGGAUGGGGACACUGCUGGUGGCAAGACUGGGAAAGGGGUGAUGUUUGAUGGGGAGCCGAUGCAGACAGAGUCCAACGGAGAUGACGACGACGACGAUGACGAUUCUGACUUUGAGCCUCCACCACCCAGCAGAUUCAGCAGGAGAGUGUCAGUGUGUGCGGAGGCGUUCAACCCAGAUGAGGACGAUGAGGACACGGAGCCCAGGGUGGUUCACCCGAAAACAGAUGAACAGCGCUGCAGACUGCAAGAGGCCUGCCGAGACAUUCUACUGUUUAAGACACUAGAUCAGGAGCAGUUCUCGGAGGUGCUGGAUGCCAUGUUUGAGUUACGGGUUCAGCCUCUUGAGCACGUCAUCGACCAGGGUGACGAUGGAGACAACUUCUAUGUCAUAGAGAGAGGGGUGUAUGACAUAAUGGUACACGGAACAACGGUGGGUCAGUAUAACAACAAGGGCAGCUUCGGAGAGCUGGCCCUAAUGUACAACACGCCACGCGCUGCCACCAUCGUCGCUACCGAGGAGGGGGCGCUAUGGGGACUGGACCGUGCCACGUUUCGUAGACUCAUUGUGAAGAACAAUGCAAAGAAGAGGAGGGUGUACGAGGCUUUCAUCGAGUCAGUGCCCUUACUCAAAUCACUUGAGGCAAACGAGAGGAUGAAGAUUGUGGAUGUUUUAGGAUCAAAGCAGUUCCCUGAGGGUGAGCGCAUCAUCACACAGGGAGACAAGGCUGAAUGCUUCUAUAUAGUAGAAUCUGGCGAGGUCAAGAUCAUGAUGAAGAGUAAAACGAAGGCAGACCAUGCAGACAAUGCGGAAGUGGAGUUAACACGCUGUAGCAGGGGCCAUUACUUUGGGGAGCUGGCCUUGGUCACCAACAAGCCUCGGGCCGCUUCAGCCUACGCAGUGGGCAAUGUCAAGUGUGUGGUAAUAGACAUUCAAGCGUUUGAGCGCCUCCUGGGUUCCUGUAAGGAGAUCAUGAAGAGGAACAUCGCCCACUAUGAGGAGCAGCUGGUGGCCCUGUUCGGCUCCAGCAUGGACCUGAGGGACUGAGCCUCCCACGCCACCCUUGUGCCUUCUAUCUCUCACACACACACACACACACACCAACAUAUGUCCUCUCUGACAUCAUGCAAUGGGUAUACAGACUCAUAAUAAGCUUUACAUGGAGUGUACAGACAAAUGAGGAAUUGUUCUAGGCUCACCGGCAAGUACACACAAUCCUACACAGUAUGUAUACACAAACGCACACGUGCAUUGACACCUAUGUGUGCACUGAGAGAUGCCCACCAUUUAGUUUGCUCAUCAUCAUGCACAUACUAUUUCAACACUCAUUAAUAGCCUCCCACACACAUACACAGACAAACACACACGCACACACACACAGCAGACUAAAGGCCACACACCUCGUUGCUUGAGCCAGCUUCAACCAGUAUGAAUGUCUUUGAUACAUUGACCUUGAUAAAGGUAUCGCUGUGUAAGGAAAUGAAACACACACACGCUUCAUAUGUGCAGGCUUUGCAUUAAAAUGAACUUACACACAACUUGAACAAAGUUGUUUCAAAAAGCCUCAGCAAAGGAUACAUCAACACACACACACACAGAUACAUAUACUCAAAAACAUAUAGGCAACCACACUUGCAAAAACGGACACAUUGUGGUAAAAUGGAGACAAAAACUUUUAAAUCUCAGAAAAGGAAAAUUAAUCAAAAUGCAAAAAAAGAAGUUUAAAGAAGACAAAUAAGUUUUAGAAAUGUUUUAUGAAGAUAAAAGAAACUGAAGCUUUGAUAAAAUAUUAUUUAAAUAAAAAUAGUGUUUCCUCUUUGGGAGGCCGGGUGCAGAACUUUGUGAGCGUGCUCCAUUUCUUCCUCUACUGUUGUUGAUUGAGUUGAGUUAGUGCUGGUGAUUAUUGCAGUACCACAGAAGAAGCAGUGAAAACAAUAAAAACCCUACGUUUUCUGGGCCAUUGUUAUUCUAUCAUUGAUGCCACACUUCAUUGUAUUGAAUUAAUUAUUAAUGUAUUGUUAUUAUAUAUUCAUUUAUUCUUUUUGUUUUACUUUGACCAAUUAUGUUAAAUUCAUCAUCCAUCUCUGACAAAAUGUAAAAAUAGAAGAAAAAAAUUCUAAUAAACAUUAGUGCUUAUUUCUCCUUGAUUAUCCUUGAAUGAGUUGUCCUGGAUAAAAAAAAAAAUGAAAAAAAUAAAGCAAACAUUUUGUUAA